UACGAGGAGCCUCGGAUCCACGCGACUUAAACCCUAGUCAGAUCCGAUUUAACCACGGUUAAUAUCCAUAUCAUCAUAACCCUACACGUGUCCUAAAUCAACGGCCAAUAACAAAAAUUCCUUUUUCAGAUUCACCGCUUUAAAAAUUAAAUCCUCUCUAUAAGAACCUCUCCAAAAAAACUCUAAUUCAUUAUCAAUCUUCUUCUUCAUCGAUUUCUCUCUUCAAAAUCUUCCAGAAAAAAUGGCGAACCCUAGAGUUUUCUUCGACAUGAGUCUGAGCGGUACUCCCAUCGGUCGGAUCGAGAUGGAGCUAUUCGCUGAUACGACCCCAAACACGGCGGAGAAUUUCCGUGCUCUGUGUACCGGAGAGAAAGGAAUCGGAAAGAUGGGUAAGCCACUUCACUACAAGGGAUCGAUCUUCCACCGUGUGAUUCCCGGAUUCAUGUGUCAGGGAGGUGAUUUCACCGCCAAGAACGGAACCGGUGGUGAAUCGAUCUACGGUGCUAAGUUCAAAGACGAGAACUUUAUUAAGAAGCAUACCGGAGCUGGGAUUCUCUCAAUGGCUAACUCUGGUGCUAACACUAACGGAUCUCAAUUCUUCAUCUGUACCGAUAAGACCUCGUGGUUAGAUGGUAAGCACGUUGUGUUUGGACAAGUUGUUAAAGGCUUGGACGUCGUCAAGGCCAUUGAGAAAGUUGGAUCUGAUUCUGGAAAGACUUCCAAAGUCGUAACCAUCACUGAUUGUGGUCAGCUUUCUUAGAUCUGAGUGAGUGACUGAGAGAAAGACCUUAUCUUUAUGAAUAAUGGUUAUCUUUGCCUUUGCUUGUUUUUACUUUUGAGUUUUUUUCUGAUUUGGGAUCGUUUCAGAGUUUGUAACAAGACCCUUUUGUGUUUUCUGGGGUUCUGAAAUAAUUAUAUGCUUACCCAAUUACUGCUUUGUGUU